AUGGAAAAUGUUCCAUAUGCUAAUGCAAUUGGAACUAUCAUGUAUGCUAUGAUUAGUACUAGGCCUGAUCUAGCCUAUGCUAUAUCAUCUCUCAGCAGAUUCAUGUCCAACCCAGGGGAUAGAGACCCCCGAAAGUCCACUACUACUUUAUAUUUCACCUUAGGUAGAAAUUGCAUCAACUGGAAGUCACAAUUGCAGCCUCUGGUUGCUCUGUCUUCCACUGAGGCUGAGUAUGUAGCAGUGACUGAUGCUGUGAAGGAGGCUGUUUGGCUUCAAGAUAUACUUCGGGAAAUUCACCUGCUUUAA